AUGGCAGCAAAUUCUGAAGCAAACAGUGAUUCAGAGAUUGCAGAGUGCUCUGUAGCCCCAGUUGCAAUGGAGGAAAGUGACCAUGAGGUUCACUCUUCAUCAGACGAGCAGGACCCCCCCUGCCCUGCCCCCCCUAAUUACGGUUCGGACCAUGAUGCUGAACAGCAUUCGAGCCAAUCAGAUGACUCAGAGGUGGAGAACAUUUUGCAAGACCCUCACCACCACGGAGGGCACGACCACCAACCCCACCAACAUCAUCAUGGCCACGAGGCUCAUGAUGCAGACAGGGAAGCUGAGGGCGAAGACCGCCCCCACACCCCGUCUUAUUUGCGCCCCCCUGUGGCGGGUAGGGCACAGUCUGAUUCGGGUUCAGACCCCAGUUUGCCGCAGAGCAGAAGUGUGGAGUUUGACUUGUCGUUCCCCGUCAGUCCCCCCAGGCCCAAAAGCCCCUGGGGUCGAUUUGACCCUUACAACAAUAAUGAGGACCAGGACAAGGAGUAUGUAGGUUUUGCAACGCUGCCAAACCAAGUGCACCGCAAGUCUGUCAAGAAGGGAUUUGACUUCACCCUCAUGGUGGCAGGGGAGUCCGGUCUGGGAAAGUCCACCCUGGUCAACAGUCUGUUUCUCACAGAUCUUUACAAAGAUAGGAAGCUGCUUAAUGCUGAAGAGCGAAUCACACAAACAGUAGAAAUCACCAAACACACAGUGGAUAUAGAAGAAAAAGGGGUCAAACUGAAGCUAACCAUUGUGGACACCCCUGGGUUCGGGGAUGCUGUAAACAACACUGAAUGCUGGAAGUCAGUGGCUGACUACAUCGACCAGCAGUUCGAGCAGUACUUCAGGGACGAGAGCGGCCUCAACCGCAAGAACAUCCAGGACAACCGCGUGCACUGCUGCCUCUAUUUCAUCUCACCCUUCGGUCACGGCCUUCGGCCUCUGGAUGUGGAAUUUAUGAAAGCUCUGCAUGAGAAAGUCAACAUCGUCCCCAUCUUGGCCAAAGCAGACACGCUCACCCCGAGUGAGGUCAAGAAAAAGAAAAUCAAGAUCAGAGAGGAGAUUGAUCAGUAUGGUAUCAAGAUAUACCAGUUCCCUGACUGUGACUCUGACGAGGACGAAGAGUUUAAGCAGCAGGACCACGAGCUGAAGGAAAGCAUCCCUUUUGCAGUAAUUGGCAGCAACACAGUGGUGGAGGCCAAAGGCAAGAGGGUGCGAGGCCGUCUGUACCCCUGGGGCAUCGUAGAAGUGGAGAACUCGGCACACUGUGAUUUCGUGAAGCUGAGGAACAUGCUCGUUCGCACGCACAUGCAAGACCUGAAAGACGUGACCCGGGAGACCCACUACGAGAACUACAGAGCCCAGUGCAUCCAGAGCAUGACCCGCAUGGUUGUAAAGGAACGCAAUCGCAAUAAACUAACCAGAGAGAGCGGCACAGACUUCCCCAUCCCCAUGGUGCCCGACAUGAUGGACAGCGACACAGAAAAACUCAUCCGAGAGAAAGACGAGGAGUUACGCCGGAUGCAGGAGAUGCUGCAGAGGAUCCAGGAUCAGAUGCACACUCAGAAAGAAGCCUAUUAA